AUGAUAAAGAUAGUCCAGAUAAACCUCAAUAGGAUCGGGGCCGCGCAUGCCGCCCUGGAGAACCUCGUACAAAAUGAGAAAAUAGACAUUUGUAUCAUCAGUGAAGCGAACAGGAAGAUAUCCGAAGAACUUAGGAAAGGAGAUGAAGGGUGGUUCGCAGACGAAGGAGGCGACACGGCCAUCUGGAUCACCGGGGCGAAAGCACAGCUCAGAAUCAUGAGCUCGAACACAGUGCGCGGACUCACACACAUAGAGCUAGAAGACGGAGUCAACAUAGCGAGCUGUCAUUUCUCCCCAAAUGAAGAUGACGAUGAAUUCACGGACUAUCUCGAGCGCUUACAGGACCUUCUGAGAAAUAAGCAUGCAUCCACAUGGAUAGUAGCGGGGGAUUUUAACGCAGCCUCGCGCACCUGGGGAAGCCGAAGAACAUCGCGCAGAGGAUAUGAGGUCGAAGAACUGGCGGCCACAAACGGACUGUUUAUACUCAACGACGGUGAGACUCCGACGUUCAGAAAAGGGACUCUGGAGUCCUACAUAGACAUCAGCCUGAGAAACAGGCCGGAUCUCAUGGGACACUGGGGCGUUGAUGACAACACGGAGCUGAUAACUCAUAACAAUACAAUAAUAAACAGGUGUCAGAAUCGGGAUUGGAUUUGCGAGCUUCAGAAGAUGCCAAGAGGAGAAAACGGAAACAUCGCUACCACCGGAGUGACAACGCAGGCAGGUAUGGCGGAAAUGCUGAUGCCGAGCCCACCGCCUCCAUUUGACGUAUCGCCAGACGAUCUCUUCGAGGCCUGGAGAAACUUCUGGAUGGACUUUAAGGUAUACGCGAAAAUGAUGAAGAUCGACAAACAAGACGAAGAGAUCAGGGGGAGUCUCCUCCUAAAGGCUCUUGGUCAUCCAGCUCGCCGAUGGCUUGAGACUAAGAAUGUCAACGAGGAUACCGAGAGGUACGAAGACAUUGUGGAAAAAAUCGAAAAACACUGCGAAAAAUCGGUAUCGGAAGCCUUGCGGGACUUCAGGUUCUGGUGCAGAGAGAAAGAUCAACAAGCCGGUGAGUCUUUCGAGGCAUUCUUCGAGAGAACACGUCGGGCAGCGCUUCAGAAGAGACUCUUGGCAGAAUCGGAAAAGAGGCGUUCACUCGAAGAUGUUUUAACGCUCUGUCGAGGCUUCGAGGCUGGAGAGAAAAAUGCGGAGAUAGUCGCUCUGCAGUCCCAGGACUCCAAAAUAGUGGCAGCCAUAGAGAACAAUGGAAACUUCAGCGAGGAGAAGAAGGACUCAACAUUGCAGGCUUCGGCGAAGUGUGUCAACCGUGCGGCAGGAGCCACAUCGGAAGACCGUGCUUCGCGAAAAAUGCUCAAUGCCUGGCGUGUGGAGGGCGAAACCAUUUCGCACGAGUGUGUCGGGCUAAGGGAAGGAAACACGAAAAUCACUCUGAAGAGCAAGCAACCAGCAGAAGAGGACAAAUGGGAAGACCGGGCGGAGGAUGAAGACGAGGAGGACGACUUUCGGAUCGGUCGAAUCCAGAAAGACAAGAAUGACAAAAAAUCCUCACGCUGGGAUGAGAAGCUCAACCUAGCCGGACGAGAAGUACAGUUCAAAUUGGAUACGGGUGCUGAGGUAUCGGUACUUCCGAAGUGCCUCAUGAAGGAAAUCAUGGCAAUCGUCGAAGGAGUACGCCUAGAAAAAUCAUCAAUUCGACUUGUUUCUUACUUCGGUGACAAGCAGAGAAGCUCAGCCAUGGUUAGACUACCAUUGUCCUACAGGAACAAGCGAAUUAAAGAAGAAUUCUGUGUCAUAGAAGCGAAUGUCAUGCCCACGGUAAUUGGAGACACUGCGCAGACACCGGGUCUCCCAAAACGAAUCGGAAUGCCAAAAAAGGAAAAAGAAUCGGACGAAGAACUGAGCAGAUGGGAACAAAAGUACCACCCAGCAUUCAACGGCGUUGGGGCGGUGGAGAACUUCAGAUGCUCGAUAGGAAUUGCAAGCGACUGCAGACCCACAAUCAAUGCCUGCAGGCCCGUGCCCAAGGCGUAUGAGAGAGCAGUCGAAGCGGAAUUACAAAGGAUGCUCGAGAAAAACGUCAUUGUACCGCUGAGGGAGCCUACGGAAUUUUUGAGGAACAUAGUAACAGUCCUCAAACCCAAUGGUAAACUAAGUAUAUGCCUCGACCCAACCCAGCUGAACCGAUUCAUCAAACGAAGUCCACAUCCAAUGAAGAGAUUGGACAACGUGCUAGGGAAACUCUCUGGAGCGAAAUACUUCAGCACUCUCGAUGCCGACGAGGGCUUUUGGCAGGUCGAGAUGGAUAGACAGAGCUCACUCCUAUGCUCCUUCAUAUGUCAAUUCGGAAAGUUCCGCUCCACAAAGAUGCGAUAUGGAAUCAAAUGCGCCUCCGAUGUAUGCCAGCAACUGACCGAUGAAUUGAUCGGGGAUCUCGAAGGAGCGACAUGCGUCGUGGACGACUUGCUGAUCUGGGGAUCGACGGAAGAGGAGCAUGAUCGAAGGCUCGAAGAGGUGCUCAAGAGGUAUGUGAAAGUGGGCCUGGUGCUCAAUAGAGCCAAAUGCAAAAUCAAAAGACCAGCGGUGCGGUACCUCGGACAUAUCUUAACAAGAGAUGGAGUCCGGUUGCAUGAAGAACGAUUGGAAGAUAUAUCAGCAUUCAAGGCACCAAAGGAUGUAAAGGGAGUGCAAAGCUUCUUGGGAAUGCUGAACUACGUGGCACAGUUUAUCUACAGCUUCUCAGAAAAGACGGCCCCGUUGCGCAAACUAAUCAACAAAGACACGGUGUUCGUCUGGAGCGCAGAGCAACAACGAGCGUUUGAGAAUCUGAAGCAAGAUCUCACCAAAGACAACGUUUCUAAGAACUACGACCCAAAAAUCCCUCGCGUUCUAUCGGUAGUCGCCUCCCAGAAUGUGCUAGGCGCCGUUCUGCUACAAUCUGGACUACCGAUCGCCUAUGCCAGCCGCUCACUUACCGAGAGCCAUAAACGAUAUGCUCAAAUAGAGAAGGAAUUGUUAGCAAUCGUGUUUGGUUGCACAAAAUUCCAUUAUUACACUCUGGGUCAACCGAACCUCAGGGUCGAAAGUGAUCAUAAGCCCCUCGAGGCCAUAAUGAAGAAGUCGCUCGAUAAAGUACCAGCAAGGCUAUAA